CCCAAACACCCACGUUAUAGAAACUCAGCAAAAGUCUACUCCAAUUCUACUUACAAUGUCAAUCCCUGUAUCAAAUCUAACCCCCGCUCUCCAAGUCUCAAAGCUCUGCUUCGGAACGAUGACGUUUGGUGAACAGAACUCGUUAUCCGAGUCAUUUAACCUGUUAGACAAAGCAUUUGAUUCUGGAAUCAACUUCUUCGAUUCCGCUGAAAUGUAUCCGGUGCCGCAGCGUGCGGAAAGUUAUGGACGCAGUGAAGAGUAUUUUGGACGGUGGAUUAGAGAGAGGAAAGUGGCUCGUCAUCGUCUUGUGUUUGCCACUAAGGUUAGUGGCCCUUCAGGGCAAAUGACUUGGAUUCGAGGCGGCCCAACAAGUUUGGAUAGCAGGAAUAUAAAAGAGGCUAUCGACAAUAGCUUGCUGCGCGCGCAGACUGACUAUAUCGAUCUUUAUCAAGUCCACUGGCCUGACCGUUAUGUUCCGAUGUUUGGGGAAACUGAUUAUGAUCCCGCCAAUCAAUAUAAUCAUGUUAGUUUUGAAGAACAACUUGAUGCUCUAGGAAGAGCAGUUGAUGCCGGUAAGAUCAGAUUCAUUGGUGUCAGUAAUGAAACGCCAUAUGGGGUCAUGAAGUUCCUACAAGCUGCUGAAAAGAAUCCCGCUUAUCCAAGGAUAAUAUCCGUUCAGAAUUCAUACAACUUGCUCUGUCGAAAUUUUGAUUCGGGGUUGGCAGAAUGCUGUCACUUGGAGAGUUACAGGGUAAAAUUGUUGGCUUAUAGCCCUCUGGCAAUGGGUUUGCUUUCGGGAAAGUAUCUGUUACCUGACGGUGGUGCAGCCGAUGCUCGUUUGAAUCUCUUCAGAGGCAGGUAUUCGGAAGGGGAAUCCAGAUACAACUUAUCAAAUCCCACCAUUAGAGAAGCUAUUAAAGCAUACAUUUCCAUUGCAGAACGUUAUGAUAUCCAUCCGGUGUCUCUUGCAAUAGCUUUUGUUUUGGGACAUCCUCUUGUGAGCAGUGCCAUUUUUGGAGCUACAAAAUUAUGGCAACUUGAACAGGUGGUUAGUGCUUGUGAAGUCAAGCUUAAUGCUGAGAUCAUUGCAGACAUAGACGAGGUUCAUUCAAGGUUUCCCAAUCCCUGCUCCUGAGUAAACGUUGUUCUCUGGUUUUGUUAGUUGUAGCCCGCUGUGUAACCUCUCGAGUAGCUCACGAUAGACUUGAUUCGAUAUCUGGACCGUCCGUUGACACUUAUUGUUUAGUCAAACUAGUAAGCACGGUUUUAGAAUUUUGUAGAUUAGCGACGAAGAUCAAAAUGUGAAGUUUAAAAAAAUUACCUUAUAAAUCACAUGUCGCCUGCGUGCGCACACAUAUAUAUAUUAUAUCUUAAGAUAUUAGUAUUUCAAGAAUAAGAUAAGAAAGGUCCCAUUUAGUAUUUGAUGUUAUUUGACAUUGAUGAAGACCAAUCUUUGACAUUGAUGUUAUUUAUGCCAAUUGCCAAGCCA